AUGGAUGCCUUGGUCGAGGACUCUGACAAACUCUUUCCAGAAGUCUUUGCGCAUCUCGCCGCAGUUGAAGCGCAACCAGGAUUGACUUUAGACGAGGAACUUCUGAAACGUGCCGAACGAAACCUAACUCCUACUUCACCGAAAGACCUAUUAUGGCGGGUGCUAGGCACGGGUGAACAGCUAUUGCAGACGCUGCAACAAGACCCUCGACCGCUUACUCGACUGCUCGAACAAGUCAUCUCGCUACUCCCCUUCGACGAGCUGAGAUCCACUAUAUCUGCGGAGAAGCUCCAAGAAGGCCUGAGUUCGCCAUCGGUCUCGAUCCAGUUGCUUUGUCUAGCAUAUCUGCGGAAAGCUGCGGACUCGCCCAGCGGCGCCUCUUUUGUUGCGACGAGUUCAAGUCUUGUUCAAUGUCAGUUCACAAUCUGGCUGUCGUCUGAGAGCACUGAGGUUGCGGAACGGUCACUGGAGGUGAUCGAAGCGUUGCUUGCCGUCGACAGUCAAAAUAGCACCACGGUACUAUCUGCGGGCCGCAGCUACGCCGAAGCACAAGGGCAAGGCUUGCUUUGGCGUAGAAUAUUCCAUGAUCCUGAUGUGUACACAAUCCUCUUCGAAUGGACAUCACUAACGAAAUCGAAACGAGACGUCAAAACAAAGAAAGGCAUGCAACUCGUCACAAUUUCCCAAGCACGCCUAUUCGACUUCAUUGCGAGAGUGGCACCUUACGACUGGACAGCGGUAACGACUUCUUCAUUGGCCCAGAUUGAGGCUGAAUUCCUGAGAGACAACGGUGGCAGCGAGCCAUUUGGUGGUAUCCUUCGAUAUGCUGCUUCUCAUAUGAUUGACCAAAAAGAUAUCCUGAUGGAGGUGUUGCGUCAAGAUUUCUUUGUCAAGUUACUGGGAGUGGUGGAAGAGAGCAACAGGCAGGGUGUAUCUCCCCAGCUACUGGAGGCGAUUCAACAGGGUGCAGGGAUUACACCAACGAGAGAUGGAGAGGAUGGCGGCCUUCACCUCUAA